CUGACUGAAAUAGGGCCUCAACCGGAUGGCGGUGGCUAGGCACGGCUGCCCGCCCUGGGGCUCGAUCCUCGGGCUGCUCGUGCUGGCCUUGGCUGCCGCCGCCGCCUGGGACGUGUCUUUUCUGCGAUGCAGUUUAGGGUCCUUCUGCGAAUGUGACUUCUGGCCCGACUUGCCUGGUCUGGAAUGUGACCUGGCUCGACACCUAGCUGGCCAGCAUUUGGCCAAGGCCCUGGUGGUGAAGUCAUUGAAGGCCUUUGUACAGGACCCAGCCCCCAGCAAGCCAUUGGUCCUUUCCCUGCACGGCUGGACAGGCACUGGGAAGUCCUAUGUGAGCUCCCUGCUGGCGCAGUAUCUCUUCCGGGGUGGCCUUCGCAGCCCUCAUGUCCAUCACUUCUCUCCUAUCAUCCACUUCCCACAUCCCAGCCACACUGAGCAGUACAAGAAUGAGCUCAAGAGCUGGGUCCAGGGGAACCUCACUGCCUGUGGCCGGUCUCUUUUCCUCUUCGAUGAGAUGGACAAGCUGCCCCCUGGCCUGAUGGAAGUCCUGAAGCCCUUCCUGGGCCCUUCUUGGGUUGUGUAUGGGACCAACUAUCGCAAAGCCAUUUUCAUCUUUAUCAGCAAUACUGGAGGUGAGCAGAUCAACCAGGUGGCCCUGGAGGCAUGGCGCAGCCGUAGGGACAGGGAAGAAAUCAGCCUACAGGAGGUGGAGCCAGCAGUGUCCCAAGCUGUGUUGGACAACCCUCACCAUGGCUUCUGGCGGUCUGGCAUCAUGGAGGAGCAGCUGCUGGAUGCUGUGGUCCCCUUCCUCCCCCUCCAGCGGCAUCAUGUGCGCCACUGUGUGCUCAAUGAGCUGGCUCAGCUGGGUUUGGAGCCCCGAGAGGAGGUGGUUCAGGCUGUGCUGGACAGUACCACCUACUUCCCUGAGGAGGAGCAGCUCUUCUCCUCCAAUGGCUGCAAGACAGUGGCAUCCCGAAUCACAUUUUUCCUCUGAGAACCCCGGGGGCAUCAUUGCCUCCUCUGCCUAGACAGAUCAAACAGACGCCUGGGCGUCUCCUGGAAGAAUUCUUCCCUAAGCUGGCUGGCAAGUGGGACCCAGAGCACAGAGUUACGAUGAAGAAAGGAGUUGGCAGGCCAAGGAAGAAAGGUCUAGAAGCAUCUUUGCUGGGAAAUUCCUGGGCACCCCAGAACCUCACAGCCUCGCCAUUGCUCUGCGGUCUGAGCCUUCUCAAUGUGAACGGCAACUCAGGGACAAAGUGGCUACUCCAGCUGGGGGCUUUUACUGGCACGCCUUGUCUGGUCCCUUCUCCAGAUCUCAGCCUAUGGCUGGACCUGGCAAUCCAGCUAGGCCAGGCAAGCAUCUCAGUUUUACCAAAUGAAAGGACUCAAGCUGCCACCUGGGCCUGGCUUUCAAAGUUUUUAAUUUUGUAUGAGAAGAGAGCAGAGAUAAUAAACUUAGCCAUGGUAUUGGAA